ACUAAAAUUGUUGUUUCCACCUUCGGGCGGUAAACCCGUGAUUUGUAAUAUCAGUUAUAUCAUUUGGCAACUGAAAUUUAAAUCACACGGUAAACCGUUGGAGACCAAAAAUGGCUAAACUAGAGAAGGUCUCACCUUUCAGACUCACUUCUCUCCUCCGCCUCCAAAAGGACCCCAACCUCGCUCUCCAACUCUUCCUAAACCCUAACCGUAGCCCUAAACCCUUCCGUUACUCUCUCCUCUCAUACGAUCUCGUCAUCACCAAGCUCGGCCGAGCCAAAAUGUUCGACGAAAUGGAACAAAUCAUAGAACAAUUGAAGAACGAGACUCGCUUCGUCCCCAAAGAAAUCAUCUUCUGUAACAUCAUCGCCUUUUACGGCCGUGCUCGCUUGGCCGACCGAGCUCUCAAAACAUUUGAUCAAAUACCGUCUUUUCGAUGCCAAAGGACCAUAAAAUCUUUGAAUUCCCUCUUGAAUGCUCUGUUAUCUUGUCAGGAAUUCGAGAAAAUGAGGGAAUUUUUUGUGGGUAUUGAUCAAUAUGCGGUUCCGGAUGUGUGUACUUAUAAUAUAUUGAUCAAUGCUUGUUGUUUGUGCGACGAUUUGGAUAGUGCUUGGAAUGUGUUCGAUGAAAUGCAAAAGAGACGGAUUUGGCCAAAUGCAGUGACGUUUGGAACCUUGAUUAGUGGACUUUGUGCGAAUUGUAAGUUAGAUGAAGCUUUUAGGUUGAAAGAGGCUAUGGUGAGAGGUUUUAGAUUAAAGCCUAAUGCUUUUGUUUAUGCUUCAUUGAUUAAAGGGCUUUGUAAGGCAAAUGAAUUGAGUUUGGCUUUUAAGCUUAAGGAUGAGAUGUUGAAAUGUAAAAUCGAAUUGGGUUCGCGGGUGUACUCCACCUUAAUUAGUGCUCUUUUCAAGGUCGGUCGCAAGGAAGAUGUUAUUGGAGUUUUGGAGGAAAUGAGAGAAAAUGGGUGCAAGCCUGAUGCAGUAACUUAUAAUGCAAUGAUCUACGGGUUUUGUCAGGAGAAGGAUUUUGACGCAGCAUUUGGUGUUUUAAGUGAGAUGGAAGUGAAGGGGUGCAAGCCAGAUGUUACUAGUUAUAAUGUAAUUAUUGGUGGGCUUUGUAGGGACGGAAAAUUGAGAGAAGCAAAUGAAUUAUUUGAAGAUAUGCCUAGACGGAAGUGUGCUUCCGAUGUGAUAACAUAUCGGACACUAUUUGAUGGGCUUUGUGAUGGGAUGCAUUUCAAGGAAGCUGCAUUCAUUUUGGAUGAGAUGGUUUUCAAAGGUUAUGCCCCACGUACUGCAAGUAUGAUGAAAUUUGUUGAUGAGUUGUGUCAAAGUGGUAAUCUAAAGCUGUUAUGGACAGUUCUAAAUAGUUUGGCAAAAGGAAAUUUAAUUGAUGUAGAUACAUGGAGAAUGGUGGUUCACAUGGUGUGCAAGAACAAUAAGCUUUUAAAUGCCUCUGACCUUGUUGAAACAUUGCAAAUGCCAUAACUGAUGAUCUUCCAAUUUUGUAUUGUUGAUUAUUUCUCUUGGAGUGACUGACAGUCUUAAUUUUCAUCAUCAUGCGCCUAGAUAUAUCUCUUCGUGCCUAUCCAUUUUCCAUUCAGCUUGUAUGUUAAGCAGAGUAGGUGUUAAAACGGGGUAAAAUCCCAGUCUGCCAUACCUUUGGGGACAGCAUGACUCUAAAACAUGAUGUUUGUAGUGAUGAAAUAAUUUUCACCAUCACAUUCUUGCAUGGAAUUUAAUUGUGAAACACCUGCUAAGCUAAGGUUGCAGAGUUGAACCAAUAAGAAGAAUUUGCAAUAUAAUGUCUGAACUUUUACAAAUUACAAAAACAUGUUGGUAAUUCUUUCCUCACAUUCGCUUUUGCCUUUUUAUACAAGACAUGCCUCCUUAGUAUGAUUUUGUGUAUUUUUAAUUUUUUAUGAGAGAUUUUAAGUUUAGCACAUGACAGUGGUACAGAUUUUGAUAGUAUGGUCUCGUAGAGUUUCUACAGUUAUGUCUUUUGGGUUCAUUUUAGUGGCACAGAUGCUUCAUGGGAGGAGCCAAAUCUUAGUGUCCAUAAUGGAGUAGACUUUUAACACAUUUAGGCUAGAAAGAUGUAUCCCACAAUCUACCUCUGUCUGGUAUUUGCAAAAGGAAAAUGACAGACUGAAAGUCAGUCUAACACUGACAGACGUAGAAUCUUCUGAAUGGCAGCUACUUUGAUUGGGUUUCCACCAAAGCUUAAUCAUUCACUCCCUCGUGAUUUGGUGUUAAGUCGAAAGUCAGCUUGUAUAGCAUUGUUCUUUUCAAAUAAUGUCUUUGCCAGAUUUAUAUGCAGGUCACAUUGGUUACACUCAAAAGACAUGAUCAAACAUGGCUACAUUUUGCUAAAAAACAACAAAUAUAAUAACCAAACCAAACCAAACGAAGCCUUAAGUCCCAUCAAAUGGGGUCGGCUACAUGAAUCCUUCUUCUCCACGCGGCCCUAUCAAAGGUCAUUUCAUUAGUC